CAGAAGCAAGAAAGCUAUUGGAAAAGUUAAAAAAAUCUGCUGCUGUUAAAUUUUGUAAUUUGCUUUCUGUUUUUACAACAGAAUAUAAUUUUAAGGAUAAUUGGGAUUUGGGGAGACUGGAUUUUUAAUUGUUAGUUAUAGAUCCUUAGAGUUAAGUUGCUGAUGUUGAUUAGCGUAACUGUUCUUAAACACCGUUUAUCAAAUCCUACAAAUUUGAUCUGAAAAUGAAUCCGGAUAAUCUGUUGACGAUCCAGGGAGAACGCAUCUCGGGAAACACAGUGAGAUCUCAAAAUGUGAUGGCCGUGAACGCCAUUGCCAAUAUCGUCAAGAGCUCCCUGGGACCUGUGGGCCUCGACAAGAUGUUGGUCGACGAUAUUGGGGAUGUUACGAUAACGAACGACGGAGCCACGAUUCUGAAGCUGUUGGAAGUUGAACAUCCCGCUGCGAAGAUCUUGUGCGAGUUGGCUGAUCUGCAGGAUAAAGAAGUUGGCGAUGGAACUACAUCGGUGGUAAUCCUAGCGGCGGAGUUGUUAGCCAAUGCUGACGAAUUAGUGAAACAAAAAAUCCAUCCAACUUCGAUCAUCAGUGGUUAUCUUUUGGCUUGCAAGGAAGCAGUGAAAUACAUCCAAGAGCAUUUGAUUGUUCCCACGGAUGAUCUUGGACGGGACACGCUACUCAGUGUGGCGAAAACCAGCAUGUCAUCCAAACUGAUCGGCCCAGAUUCGGAAUUCUUCUCCAACAUGGUAGUAGACGCUGCCACGGCGGUGCGCUACACGGACAGCAAAGGCGGUUUCCGAGUGCCCAUCAAAUCCGUCAACAUUCUGAAGGCGCACGGCCGCAGUAGUCGAGAAAGCAUUUUGGUGCCGGGUUAUGCGCUCAACUGCACCAUCGCCUCGCAGCAGAUGCCCAGGAAGAUCACCGGAGCCAAGAUUGCCUGUCUGGAUUUCAGUCUGCAGAAAGCGAAACUGAUGUUCGGUAUUCAGGUGUUGGUGACGGAUCCGGCUAAACUUGAGGAUAUUCGUAAACGGGAGUUGGAUAUUACUAAGGAGCGUAUUCAGAAAAUUUUGAAUGCGGGCGCUAAUGUUAUCUUAACUACCGGCGGCAUUGACGAUCUGUGCCUGAAGUAUUUUGUGGAGAACGGAGCUAUGGGUGUGCGACGCGUUAAGCCAUCGGAUAUGAAGGCCAUCGCUAAAGCAACCGGAGCCACAUUCGUGAUGAAUCUGGCCAAUAUGGAAGGCGAGGAGAGCUUCGAGGCUUCCUUCCUGGGUCAGGCCGAUGAAGUUGUCCAGGAGCGUAUCUGCGACGAUGAGCUGAUCCUGAUCAAAGGCACCAAAGCCCGCAAAGCGGCCAGCAUCAUCCUGCGCGGUGCCAACGACUACUUUGUCGACGAGAUGGAACGAUCGGUGCAUGAUUCGUUGUGCGUCGUGAAGCGCGUCAUGGAAUCCAAAACAGUGGUGGUGGGUGGAGGUGCCGUGGAGACCGCGCUGUCCAUCUUCCUAGAGAAUUUCGCCACUACGCUGAGCUCGCGAGAGCAGCUGGCUAUUGGAGAAUUUGCGCGUUCUUUACUGGUUAUUCCCAAGACGUUAGCGGUCAACGCCGCGCAGGACGCCACGGAAUUGGUGGCCAAGCUACGCGCCUUCCACAACAGUGCGCAGACCAAAACGGAGCACGAAUAUCUCAAAUGGUACGGUCUUGAUCUGGUAAACGGUGAAGUGCGCGACAACAAGAAAGCCGGCGUUUUGGAACCGACCAUGUCGAAAGUGAAAAGCCUCAAGUUCGCUACGGAAGCAGCUAUCACCAUCUUACGAAUUGACGACAUGAUCAAACUGAUUGACGAUCCUCCGCGUGGCCGCGACGAUGAGUGUUGUGAUUAGUCAACCAAGACAAUACAGUUUUUGAAAUUUAUGUGUUCCUUUUCUAUGGUUAAUUAACUGCUACGAGCUUGUUGUCGUAGUUUUAUUUGUUGAAAUCUUGUGCGAAACUCAUGGUUAACUGGUUGUCUUUUGCAUUAAUGUCUGCAGUCAGAUUUUCGAUUAAAUCAUUACUCUUAAACAGUAAAAGGGGA